GCGUUGGGCAUCCCGCGCGCGGGUGGCUUCUGGUUCAGACUGGCAGAGGCGACGCCCGCGAGCCGGGCAGACAUCAUGGGCUGCUGCUCUGGCCGCUGCGCGCUCAUCUUCCUCUGCACUUUCCAGCUGGUCACCGCCCUGGAGAGGCAGGUGUUUGACUUCCUGGGCUACCAGUGGGUGCCCAUCCUGGCCACCUUCGUCCACAUUGUAGUGGUCAUCCUGGGGCUCUUCGGCACCAUCCAGUACAGGCCUCGUUAUAUUGUGGUGUACGCUGUGUGGGCAGCCGCCUGGAUCACCUGGAACAUCUUCAUUAUCUGCUUCUACUUGGAAGUGGGAGGCCUCUCCAAGGACAGCAAGCUCCUGACCUUCAACCUCUCCCGGCACCGCUCCUGGUGGCGUGAGCAUGGUCCAGGUUGUCUGCGAGAGGAGCCAGCAGCUGGCCUGGGCCCUCUAGACAGCCAGGCCCCAGUGCCGGCCAUCGGCUGCACCCUGGAGCAUGGCUACGUGGAGGCCCUGCACAGCACCCUGCAGAUCCUGGUGGCGGCCUGCGUAAGUGAAGGAGCGCCCACCCCCUCCUGUGACCCCACCAGCCUCAGUGACCCACUGCAGAUGGUGAGCAGACGCCAGGCAGCGGGACGCACUGGGCCUUCCUGCCCCAGGGACCCUGCAGGGGCUGAGCACCUGCCCCAGGGUCGAGUGACUGGACCUGAGCUGGUGGAAGAUGGAUGCAACAUCAAAAAGUUUGCUGUUUCCUUUUUCUUAAAAAAAAAAAAAAGAAAGAAAAAGACACAGAAGGAAAUGUCAUACCUGGCCUCUGGCAGCACUAGGGUUGCUCUCUGUCCACAGCAGGCCUGGGGCUGCUGUCCAAUGAGCCCCCUUCCCUGGGAGCCCUGUCCUGGGGCAGCUAGGCACCCAGACGCUGCACACACCCGUGCUGGGGAGAGGGGCUGGCCCCAGGACUGCGAGAUGGGGAAGUGUGACCCCACCAUGAAGGUCAGCAUGAGUCCCUAGAGACCCCCACCCGAGUGCAGGUUCCUGACUCAACACUGUGCCCACCCAGGCCCCACCUGCCCCAGGUGCUGUGGCUGGUGGAACCCUGGGGUGGGGGCUGGGCUUGCCCAGGAGCCACAGGACAAGAGCUGCCUGGAAAUGUGCUGAUGGGGGGCGGGUCCUGUUCAAGCCCCCCCCCCCAUGAAAUAGUCCUAGGGCAUCCCCCAAGGUGCCCACAAGUGGAUUAAAAGGAACCUGCCCUCCAGACCAUGUUUCUGAGAUGCAGGGGCUUGUGGGGUAUUCACAAGUUUAGUUUCAGGAGUGGCCCAAGGCCAAAGAGAAGA